UUUCACCAUUUUUCAUCACCUCUUUACUUCCAGUGUGUCCAGCCAUCAUGCGAGUAAUGGUGGUUGGCCGAGUGCAGGACCAGGACCUCAGUUGGCCGAUGGCCAGUGGUGGAUCACGAUGUUGCCCAGUGCUGUGCACAAUGUGAGCCUGGUCUACGCUCUUGUCUGGGCCAUCGACAAUUAUUACGGCACCGCGAGCAGCACUCCGCUGGCGGUGGUCCAGUUCGCCACGAGUAGGGAGACUCGAGGGCUCCACAACGACCUCAUCGAUGCCGCUUUGGUGAGAUCCUCGGCGACGUGCCGGAUUCAGUUCCUGCUGGAGGACGAUCGCGUGGAGAUGACGGAGGCGAAUGCCGAACUGCCGCCGCCCAGCGGAUUGACCGGCCGACCGAUGGCCAUUUGGUUCCUGGACAGCCUGCGAUCCUACUUCCGCCUGGAGAUGUACCUGAAUCAGCUGGGCAGUCCGUACAAGCGGAACGGCUACUUUGUGGUCGUCUACACCGGACUGGAGGAUCAGCCCAUGGAGUCGGUGAAAAUCAUGUUCCGGCGGCUGCUCAACAUGUAUGUGCUCAAUGUGAAUGUGUUCCUGCUGCGCGAGGGAACGGUGCAGCUGUACACCUACUAUCCUUAUGGGCCGCAUCGCUGCCAGUCCUCGCUGCCCGUCUACUACACCGCCUUCCAGGAUCUGCCGGCUCCGGCACGGGGCUAUGGGCUCACCAAGCCGCUCUUCCCCAGCAAACUGGCCAAUAUGCACGGCUGCGAACUGGUCGCCAUCACCUUCGAGCACGCGCCGUAUGUGAUCAUCGAUGACGAUCCGGUGACGCCGGGCGGCAGGAUCAUGCGCGGCAUCGAGGGCAUGAUUGUCCGGGCCCUGGCCGAGCGGAUGAACUUCACCAUCAAGAUGGUGGAGCGAAAGGACAAGGACCGCGGCGAAAUUCUGCCCGAUGGAAACUAUACGGGCAUUCUCAAAAUGAUGGUCGAUGGCGAGGCGAACCUGACGUUCGUGUGCUUCAUGUACAACAAGGCCCGUUCCGAUCUGAUGCUGCCCAGUAUUUCGUACACGAGUUUCCCGAUCGUCCUUCUGAUUCCCAGCGGAGGAUCCAUGUCGCCCAUGCAGCGAUUGACGCGCCCCUUCCGCCACAUCAUCUGGUCCUGCAUCCUGGUCAGCCUGCUCCUCGGUUUUCUGCUCAUGGCCCUGCUGAGGAUUGCCGCUGGUCCGUUGCUCAGAAACCUGGUGCUGGGCAGGCACAACCAUGGUCCGUGCCUGGGAAUGUGGGGCAGUCUGCUGGGGGGACUGGCAUUGCACAAUCCGCGCAGGAACCUGGCCAGAUAUCUCCUGAUGAUGUGGCUCCUGCAAACCCUGGUCCUGCGGGCCGCCUACACGGGUCAGUUGUACCUAAUGCUGCAGGACGUGGAGGUGCGAUCGCCGCUGAAGACCCUCGCCGAGGUGACGUCGCAGGGCUAUGAGUUUCACAUGCUGCCCGCUUUGCAGACGGUUUUCAGGGACUCGAUGCCCACGACCAAUGUGCGAUCGGUGUUCUCGCUGGAGGCCUCGUUGAUUCGCCUGCGGGACGAGGACGAUCCGGGCAUUGCGGUGCCGCUGCUCCAGCCCACCGUCUACAUGUUCGACUAUCGAUCGGGGCCCAAUAUGCGGCAUCUGACCGCCCUGCCCGAUCCUCUGAUGACCGCCCCCCUGACCCUCUACAUGCGACCGCACUCCUACUUCAAGCGCCGCAUCGACCGCCUGCUCAUUGCCAUGAUGUCGUCGGGCAUCGUCUACCGCUAUCGCCGGAUGUACAUAGACCGCAUCGAGCGGCUGGCCAAGCGGCGCAACAUGGAACCCCGGCCCCUGACCAUCUGGCGACUGGGCGGCGUCUUUAUGUGCUGCGCCGGCCUACAGCUGCUGGCCAUCCUGGUCUUUGGCCUGGAGCUUCUGGCCACAAAACACCGGCGAUUACGCAGGACUUUGAAUGCCAUCAAUCGAUACACCGCUUGA